AGGACCCAGUAGCUCCUCCAGCGAGGCAGGCAGCGGCUCCGGCUCUCUCAGACUGAAGCAGACAAAGGCGAAGGGAGAGACGGCGUGCUUCUAUCCUGCAGCAUCGACUCACUCACUCGCAUCCACUCCCCACACACACACACACUCCCUUCACUCCGCAAGCAGCGACGCAGACUCUUCGGAGCUGGUCUCCACCACCACACAUUUGUCACAACCAUCACAACUUUCAGUCAUCAUGGAGCUAGACUUUGGACAUUUUGACGAGCGAGACAAGGCAUCCCGUACCCCGCGGGGCGGGCGCAUGAAUGGACUCCCCAGCCCUACCCACAGCGCCCACUGCAGCUUCUAUCGUACACGCACUCUCCAGGCCCUCACCAAUGAGAAGAAAGCCAAAAAGGUGCGCUUCUACCGCAACGGAGACCGAUACUUCAAGGGCAUCGUGUAUGCUGUGGCCAAUGACCGAUUUCGCACCUUCGACUCCCUCCUGGCUGACCUCACGCGCUCGCUCUCCGACCACAUCAACUUGCCCCAGGGUGUCCGCUUCAUCUUUACUAUUGAUGGCUCACGUAAGAUCACAACCUUGGAUGAGCUAGAGGAAGGGGAAAGCUAUGUUUGUGCAUCAGAGAACUUCUACAAGAAGGUUGACUACACAAAGAACGUCAACCCCAACUGGUCUGUGAAUGUAAAGGCCUCAGCGAGCCAGAAGAACAUGCAGUCCUUAGCUGCCAAGGCUGCAAGUGAGCCUAGAGAGACCAAGGACUUUAUCCGACCCAAACUUGUGACAGUGAUGCGCAGUGGUGUGAAGCCACGCAAAGCCGUGCGCGUCCUGCUCAACAAGAAAACGGCGCACUCCUUCGAGCAGGUCCUCACCGACAUUACAGAGGCCAUUAAACUUGAAAGUGGCGUGGUCAAGAGGAUCUACACACUUGACGGCAAGCAGGUUACCUGCCUUCAAGAUUUCUUUGGUGAUGAUGAUGUCUUCAUUGCAUGUGGACCAGAGAAAUUCCGCUACGCCCAGGAUGAUUUCUCUCUGGAUGAGAACGAAUGCAGGGUGAUGAAGGGACCCAAAGCUCAGCGUGGUUCAGCAAAGAGUCCUGGUCCAAUCAAGCGUAGCAAGUCUCCUGCUGAAUCGACCAACGGGACGGGCUCCAGCAGCCAGCUCUCCACCCCGAUUUCCAAGCAUUCCCCCACCUCCACCCCCACCAGUCCAGGCCUCAACAACAAGCAGAAGGAUCUCUACCUGCCCUUAUCUCUGGAUGAUGACGAUUCUCUCGGCGAAUCAAUGUAGACUCUCCUCCUGCAGCCUGCCUCCUUUUUUUGGCCUGAAACACAGAAGUUUUUAUACCUCUGCUGCUUUCCACCUUCACUCACAGUGCCACCUGUUGUCUAGGAGAAACCACUCUUUGUCUCUUUUUAAGGCCUUAGCCGCCAGGGCUAUGACACCAUUUGCUGCUUGAGAAUAACACAAACCUUUUUUUAAAAUCUGUUUCGAUCACUUUGUAAUAAUAAAGCUCACUAAUGUUCAGACUUGUUUCUAUGUGGAGGUUGGCCACUAUUUCUCAAAAAGGGUAUACAGUUCACUGACCCACAGAUUUCACGGUGUAAAAAUUUCACUUUGGUCUCAGACAUUACGUUGAAGGAUGCACUCCGACUUAAAUGUUUCAGUCGCAGAAUUCCAAGCAGCAAAUGGAUAUUUUUAGGGGUGUUAGUCAGAACUGACUCAACUUUUGUAUCACUUGUAUCCGUGACGUUCCUCCAUGUCCCUCUGUUCCCCUGCCCCACAGUUAAUGGUGUGAAAGGUAAUGGUUCCUUGUCAGAGGAAGUCUGCUAAGCCAGAGAAAGUCUUUCUAACCUGCUGUAAAUACUGUGUAUAGCUAUCCAUCAUAACAUCUCUGCCCAAUGUUCAUUGCUGUGCUUCCAUAACGUCACUACAAUAUCUGUCAAACAUUUGCUCAACAUAAAUAACAGGGUCUGGUCAAAGUAAAAGAAGCAACCAAAAUGAAGUCCUACCACAGAGGGUUGCGGAUGUGUGGGAUGCACCUCCUGACUGAUUAUUGGUCAGAAGCCCACGCCUCCACGAUGAGAAUUCAUGUUCUCAACUGAAUUUGCAUGAGAAAUUACAAAACCAUAAUUGUUUGAGACUAUUUCAAUCUCAAACAUGGAGGCUUCAAAAUCCAUAUUGUUGGCAAUAAUUGGCAUUCAUCUUGUCCAAUCAGAGACAAGGCGAAGAAAAAGCAUCUCACAUAGCCCUCAGGGGAAAUCUUUAUGUUGGUGAUUCCUUUAUUUUGACCUUCUACAUAGACAGUAGGCUAUACAUGGUAUAUACCCUCUGUGUUUUAGAUACUCACAAACUGCAGUGCAUGAUAAUGGUGAAUGAUAAUGAAACUUUGGGCAUGUAAAAAGCUGAUUUGAAGGACCUAAUGGUACAUAAAACAACCAAAGGAAAAACAAUUAGGCCCUUUUUUAAGGAAAAAAAAAACAGUAUACAGUUUUACUGACCCAGUUUAAAUAAUUCCCUUUUAUGCCAACUUAUCACUACUUCACCACAAGCAGUGGUGAUGUUUUAUAGUACAAUGUGUGAAAUUCAAAGAUAAAUAAAGGUGUCAAAGCCAAAGUAUGAUUUUUAGACGAAGAAUUAUAGAAAAGGGAAAAUAUGUAAUUUUAUCAGUUGUAAAAUUCUUUAAAUACUCUGGAGGAAGCACACCUGGAGAUUUAUGCAUGUUACUUUUAACGCAUCAAAAAUAACGUCAAGAUGAAAUCAUGCUCAUCUGAGGCAAUUAGUGUUGUCAGGGCGCUAAACUUUAGUGGGAUUUCUCCUAUUUUGCAUGGCUCAGCGUAGUUCUCAGAUACAGGGGAGAUGAAAACGUAACGGUUGUCUAAAUCCAUGUGUGGGUUUCAAAUUUUAUAAAGUUUAUUAAUUUAUAUCAAGGGUACUUGUCUAGGAUUUUCUUUGUCUAGUUUUAACUUGCUCACAUGAGCUCCAAACACUAGUACUUUUUUCAAGCCUCUGUGUGCAACUUUCUAUCGCCAUAUUUCUUUUUCUGUAGUCAUGACUGUGUCUUACCAAUCUACUGAAAAGAGUUUUCUCAGAUUUUGCAGGGAAUCAAACCUGAGAGUCUCUAAAUUGGACAACACUGAAGCACAAAGCAGGGAGCUACUUACUCAUCACAGCAACAGACACUUUACUGUCUAUUUGCCAGCAUUACAAUGCGUGACCACAAUUAAUUUCUCAAUGUGUCAAGAUAAAUGCUACAUGUGUAGCGUCCUUUAAAUUAACAUCUAUGCAUUUGGAUUAAAGAAUAGUUAAAAAGCUUUUUCUUUUGUGUGGAGAAUGGCCUUUUUAUACCCAAUAGUGUAAUGAGAAAUUAACUAAAACUGAAAUUUCCAUGCAGUUAUUUCCAUUGUGAUGACGUGACAGUUUGAGAGUUGUAUGUCUUAGGAGUGAUCCGGUGUCUGCCCUCUGGAUAAGCUUUGAACAGCUGUUUUCAUUAGCCACUUACUGUAAUACUCAAGACAAACUUAUUACAAAAAUACCUGGUGCUGUGGACUACACCUUUCUCCUGCAGGGAGCGCUGUCACACCAGCACAACAGCUACUGAUAUCAGCUAAUCCAACAAGCAGGGACACCUCACUUUUGCCUGCCAUUUUGUACAAAACGCCCCAUUUGUUGUCCUUUUUCUCAAGCUAUCAGUUCUGUAUAACCUAAUCAUGCUAAUAAUGGUCUUGUUUCCUUGAUUUUUCUACAGCUUCUUACAGCUCUACAGCAUAUUAAACAUUAACGGAAAAUGUUGGUUGUCUCGUGUAAACCAGCCGCCACCAUGUAAGAUGGAUGGUGCGAGUUCAUCACCUACAGUGGUGCCUUUUCUUUUUCUUUUUUUUUUUUAGAUUACUGUCUUUUGAUAAAAUAAAUGAAAUGGGACGUCGAAGGCUUGUUAUUUGUUAACAGCUGUUUGUAAAACAUUUUUAAAUGUCUUGAAUGAGGAAGCCUCCCAGCGCAUAUUGUUUUGUAGAGUUACAGGACACUUUCUCAUGGUGUAAAUACACUCCCUGUUCUCUUUCAUAUGUAUGCCUUUCUGAUCGAAUGAAUGACUUUUUUUUCUCUGAAAUUUACAAUGUCCUUUUUAGUGGUAUUUUGCAACGUCACAGUGGCUUGUUUCAGUGCUUCAUUCAAUGUAUAACCGGUAUCCUUUUGCAAUUAAAACAGUUGUAUUUCA